GUCUGAAGUGUAUCUGAAAUGCCUCCUGAAGUGCGUACCCGACUGAUGGUAACUUUUAGGGGCGCAGGGCGUUGGCAGCAGCAGGCUGCAAUCCUUGGUGGGACUUGGUGCUUCACUGCAUGAGGUGCGCCAAGCCUUUGAAAGCCACCCAAGGCGCUAACUUUUCCGUGGGUUCCCUCUCGCUCUCGUCGCUCCCAGGUCCCGCUGAGAUGGAACUCCCGAACUCACAACCCAGCUGGGAUCCUCAAGCUGGCUGGCUGUGGCGACGAACUGGCGCGAAUGCACGGUGCUGUUGCAAGGAUCGGGCAAGUGAUCGCCCUGCAUGCGCGGCAAAAUCAAAAGUCGAUCUGAACAGGGCAUGUUCGCCGCCCUCAAUACGGGUAUUGAAGCUGGCUGAUGAUCCUCGUCUGGACCCUCCCGGGAAUGAUUUCUGGAAUGCACACCGACCGACCGAGGCUCGCUCACCCCGAAGUUCCCUUUUCCAACGAGCUGAUCGAGCCUCAGCCACCAUCAUCGAGAGGGCGAAGGCGAACCCCCCUUUCUUCAGAAACACCCGCCCUUUGUUUCUUCGCCUGGCUACCGCGACGGCCCCCAAAUCGGACAGUGCCCAGACUGGCGCUUCGUUGAUGAUUGAGCCCGGGAACAAAAAUAGCAGCAGUGUGCCCACCAUGGGUUGCGCCAACCUGUCUCAUUGGGUGGCGCUGCUGAUGUGGAUUGGGCAGAAUACUUGUGGAAAACAGGGAUCAAGAAAACACAAAUCGAUUCCGAGCCGCAAGCACGGCAUCUUAUGCGCUUGGUAACACGGACUCGGCGGCGGUGUCAGGCCUGGGUCCACAACCCGGGCGCCUUUUGUUGCGCUUUCUGGUGAAUGUGCUCUGUGGACAACGUGACAACGAACAAGAAUGGGGAUC